AUGUCUGAACCUAUUAAGUCUAAGAAUGGCGAUAUUUCUAAAGCGCCAACACCGCAGAACACACCGGCAAGUGUUACUAACUCAUACUUGAAAUCACAGCCACCUACGGUAUCUACUAUUGAUGAAGUCAAUGAAGACAAAAUUGGCCAAACUUUGGCCAAUAAUCCUGCGUUGCUAAGUAUGAUGCAAGGCAAAUUGAACGACUUGAUUGGUAAGAAUAGUGGGUAUGUUGCUAGUUUGCCACGGGUUGUUAAGGAUCGAGUUUAUGGGUUGAAAAGUUUACAGCAACAGCAAAUGAAACUUGAAGCUGAAUUUCAAAAGGAAUUAUUAGAGUUGGAGAAGAAGUUCUUUAAGAAAUACGAGCCUCUUUAUGAGCAGAGAAAGAAGAUCAUUGUUGGGGAGAUUGAGCCAACGGAGAGUCAAAUUGAAGAAGGUAAAGCCUUGGAUGAGGAUGAGGAUGAGGAAGGAGAUGAGGAAGAAGAAGAAGAAGAGGAAGAGGAGGAGAAGAAAGAUGAGUCUACUACAAAAUCCAAUGAAAAGGGUAUUCCAGGGUUCUGGUUAACAGCAUUGGAAAAUUUAACUACGGUUUCAGAAACAAUAACUGAUCGUGAUUCUGAGAUUUUGCAAUUCUUAAUAGAUGUCCGUAUGGAGUAUUUGUCAACUCCGGGCUUCCUGUUGAUUUUUGAAUUUGAUACAAAUACAUUCUUCAAUAAUAAAACUUUAACCAAAACGUAUCAUUAUCAAGCUGAGUUGGGUUAUAGUGGUGAUUUCGUAUAUGACCAUGCCACUGGUUGUGAAAUUGAAUGGACUUCCAAGGAGAACAAUCCAACAAUUAAUAUCGAGAGAAGAAAACAAAGAAACAAGACAACCAAACAAACAAGAACUAUUGAAAAAUUAACUCCGGUUGAAUCAUUUUUCAAUUUCUUUGAUCCUCCAAAACCACCCAAGCGUAAAGAAGUAGAUGAAGGUGAUGAUGAACAAGCAGGGGAAAAUGAGAGAGAAGGAGAUGAUGAAGAUGAAGACGAAGACGAAGACGAAGAUUUAGAGGCAAGAUUGGAAUUGGAUUAUCAAUUAGGUGAGGAAAUCAAAGAUCGUCUAAUUCCAAGAGCCGUGGACUGGUUUACUGGGGACGCUGUGGAUUUUGCAUACCCAGAUGAAUUUGAAGGCGAUGAAGAAGGUGAAUAUUCCGAUGAAGAAGGUGAUGAAGAUGACGAUGACGAUGAUGCCAAUGUAGAUGGUGAAGCUAAAGACGAUGACAACGCAUCAGGUCAAAAACAACCACCAGCUGAGUGCAAACAACAGUAA